ACUUCUUGAACUUCAGAAAUUGUCUUGACGAUAAAAUUUGUUUACUAACAAAAUCUUUGCAAGUGUUUAAGUGUUUUCAAUUGAAUAUUACGAAAAGCAGCCAAGCUGUCGUCUAAAAUCGAUUUAGAUAUGAGUCUGCCUACAGAUUUCGGGCCCGAUUCUGGUGGGAGAGUAAAGGGUUUAACUAUAGUCAAGCCAAUAGUUUACGGAAACGUGGCCAGAUAUUUCGGCAAAAAGCGCGAGGAGGACGGUCACACACAUCAAUGGACGGUAUACGUGAAACCGUAUGCAAACGAAGAUAUGUCGGCAUAUAUCAAGAAAGUGCAUUUCAAACUGCACGAGAGUUACACCAACCCCAAUAGAAUAGUGACUAAACCGCCAUACGAGCUCACAGAGACAGGCUGGGGAGAGUUUGAGAUUGUCAUCAAAAUCUACUUUCAUGAUCCAAAUGAGAGGCCGGUCACCUUAUACCACAUAUUGAAGCUGUUCCAAUCCCCCGUUACGGAUGGCGCUCCACCCACAGUGGGGCGGGCCCUCGUCAGCGAGUCAUACGAGGAGAUUGUCUUCCAGGAGCCCACGCAGCUCAUGCAGCACCUCCUGAACAGUGUGAAGCCAAUCACCAAUGGGCAGUGGACUCAUGAUACUGAUUUUGAGGAGAAAAAAGAGAAGACAUUAGAGAAAAUAAUAACCGCCCAGGGCAAGGUGAGGAACGAGAUCACUGAUCUCAAGGAGAAGCUUCACCUGGCUAAAGAAACAAUAACCAAGUUCAAAGAGGAGAUCGCCAAAAUACAGAACAGUGAUAAAUCUGGACUGCCCGGGUUAUAGGGAACAAGUGAGAAGUGUUUAUACUUCGUGAUCUCGCAAGGUUACAGCAGGGACUGUGAUUAGUGUCAUUUUGUAUUGAUUAACAUGAAAUAAAGUUCAAUCUUAUAGUGUUUUUACAGAAAUUAAGCUAGAAUGUGUGUAAAUAACAUUAAAAAUAUAGAAAGAAAUGUGGCGACAUCUCUUGGUCGCCGCAAGAACUUAAAAUGUUAUCAAGCAUGAACUUUUUUUUCAACAUCAGUCUGAUAGAUGGCGUUAUUUAGAUACGCCGUGGAUAAUCGUGGUUUGGUUUGAAAACAUUUUAAAACCUAAUAUAUAAAUAUGUACUCUAAGCUCAAAACAUUAGUAUUCUGCAGAAGACAACCAAAAGAAAGAAAAGAAAAGGUUAAAUAUAAUAAUAAAUUAGGUAAGUUAUAAGAAAAUAAAUUUUUAAUUUGUAUCAAAGAACAAGUUUUAUUAUUUUUGAUGGAACAUCAAAUCUUCUUUUUUUGAGAUGAGCUGUCAAUCUGAACCUCGCCUUUAAGUCUUUUCGAGAGAUUUUCAGUGAGCUCUGGUUCGCAACUUUUUCCGACGAUACGUUGCAUAGACUUAUUACCGAUUCCAUGAGUAAUUGGUAUUGGUGGUAAUAGGUAGUAUCUACCUAAUAUACAAAUAUAAACAUCGAAAUUACCAACAACUGACUCUAAAUAUAUUUAAUUUCUUUAAAUACCGAACGCAAAUAGAUUACAAUGAAAAUGUUUUAUGUAUGUUUGUAUCAAUUUCAAGGUCAUUGUGAAAGCAAUCAAUUUAAAAGUCUACAAUAAAUGUGUUAUUGUUGACAUGAAUUCUGUAGACUUUGGAUGAAUAUAUAAUAUCACGUUCACUGAAAUCAGAAUAAUAUAAAAUAAGACUUAUAUUAUCGCGUCUUCAUUGAAGGCAGUAUACAAAGGCCAGCGUUGGGGAUGUCCAGGUCA